AUUAAAUCUAUAGAUGCACCGUCAUACUAUAUCCCCCACCAUUGUAUAUUUAAACCAAAUAGUUCCAGUACCCCUUGUCGAAUAGUGUUUGAUGCAUCCAUGAAGACAAAUGCAGGUCCUUCUUUAAAUGACAUUUUGUAUAAAGGUCCAAAAUUACAAAAUAACCCGAUAACCAUAUUGUUGAAUUUUCGUCUUUUUCCAAUUGCCGUAGUAGCCGACUUAAAACAAAUGUAUAGACAGGUUAAGAUGAUAGAGCCUCAUAGGUCAUUUCAAAGAGUUCUUUGGAGAUUUAAC